AUGACUGACUCCAGCGAGGAUGCUCUGGAGCUUGACGAGGAUCCCUCACAGCGCAUCUUAAAGCCACGGGUGAUUUCAGUCCCAAAAGGGACCCUGAAGCAGAUCUUUGGGACCAGCCAAGUGUUCCAGGACUUCGAUGAACCCAAACCAAAGCCCAAGGGGAUAACGGUGCCCCUCAAAGUCAGGCAGUACUACUUCCAAGGCCAGACGUGCUUAGAGCAAGAAGACUGGGAGAUGGCCGUGCUGUUCUUCUCCCGUGCCCUCCACCUGGAUCCCAAGCUGGUAGACUUCUAUGCCUUGCGGGCCGAGGCCUACAUCCAGCUCUGCGACUUCUCCUCAGCUGCCCAGAACUUGCGAAGGGCUUAUUCCUUCGAGCCAGAGAACACCAAGUACCAGGAGCGGCUCACCUUGGUGCUUUACCUGCAGGGCCAGUGCCUGUUUGAGCAAUGUGCCUACCAGGAUGCCCUGAACGUCUUCUCCCAAGCCUCUGAGCUCCAGCCCCAGAAACCCUGCUUCCGCUACCGAUGUAUGGCCUGUCUCCUGGCCCUCAAACGGCAUCGUGACUGCCUCACACUUGUCACCAAGGAGCUGAAGCAUGACACGACCAAUGCCGAUGUCUACAUCCUCCGGGCCAGGCUCUACAACUUCUUCCAGAAGCCCAAACUCUGCUACCAGGACCUGCACAACAGCUUGCUGCUGGAGCCCAAGCACCCACAGGCCAAGGCACUGCUGAAGACGAUGGUGAACCAGGCCCAGCAGGCACGCCAAGAUGCGGGGAUGUUUGCUGUGCAGGGCGACAUGCAGCAUGCGGUUCAGUGCAUUAACUGCGCCAUCGAGAACAGCCCUCUGGACCCCAGCCUCUUCCUCUUCCGGGGCACCAUGUACCGACGGCUCCGGGAGUUUGAUAGCGCUAUAGGGGACUUCCUGAAGGCACUGGACAUGGCGCCUGAGAACCAGGAGGACAUGGUACGGCAGAUGCAGCGUCAGCUGCUGCUGGCCUACAACGACUUUGCUGUGCACUGCUACAUGCAGGGGGCCUACCAGGAGAGCGUGCUGCUGCUGAACAAGGUCCUCAAGGACGAGCAGCAGGAGAAAGGCCUCUACAUCAACCGUGGUGAUUGCUUCUUCCAGCUGGGCAACCUGGCCUUUGCUGAGGCGGACUAUCAGCAGGCGCUGGCGCUAAGCCCGAAGGACCAGGGCGCCAACCUACGCAUGAGCCUGCUGCAGGAGAAGAUGGGCUUCUGCGAGCAGAGGCGCAGGCAGUUCCACAAGGCGGAGAACCACUUCUCAGUGGCCAUCCAGCACAACCCCCAGAAGGCCCGGUACUACCUGCAGCGGGCCAAGAGCCGACAGCUACUGCAAAACUUUUUUGGGGCCCGCCAGGAUGUUGCCACUGUCCUACUUCUUGAACCUAAACAACCACAGCUGCUCCCGCUGAUGACCAACCUCUUCCCGGGCAUGUCGGUGGACGAUGUGCUUAGCAGCCAUGUGGCCCGCCUGGCCAAGCUGCAGCUGGAGCGGGCAGUGGAGAGCAGUCCACAGUCCAGCAUCCCAAAAGGCAUUGUGGGAUUGCUCAGGGAGCGGGAAUUAGAGCGCCAGAAGGCCCGUGCCCUGCAUCGUGAGUGGAAGGUGGAGCAGCCUUACUCCGAAGAGCUGCAGGCCACCCACCAGGACCUGCAGGAGGGCCCAGAGGAAGAAGCUGAGGCCCCGGAGGAGGAGAAGGAAAAGGAGGAGGAACCUGAGCAGCCCCCUGACAAGGGGACAUCCCUGUCCAGCAGCUACAUUGACCAGACCUCCUCAGGCUCCAUCUUGGGCUUCAUAGCCACAUCCACCUCAGAGACAGAGAUGUCCACUAUCUGCCAGGAGUAUAGGAGCACUUCGGCCACUGCUGUGACAUUCUCUGACUCCUCACAGCUGAAGACUCAAUCCUCAGACUCUUGGACAAAUGUGGAGGACAAAAGUCUGAGCCAGAGCCCCAGCAAAACCAAGGCUGCCCUAGGGCCGCGCUGGAGCCUCGGCAAGACUGAAGACUCCCAGGGUCCAAGGCAGAUGCCCAGCAAGACUGAAGGGACUCAGGACCCAAGGCAGAGACACAGCAAGACCGAGGACACCCAGGGCCCAAGGCAGAAGCCCAGCAAGACCAAGGAAACCCACGGCCCAGGGCAGAGGCCCAGCAAGACCGAGGAUACCCAGGACCCAAGUCACAGACCCAGCAAGUCCAAGGACACCCAGGGACCAAGGUGGAAGCUCAGGAAGGCCAAGACUGCCCAAGGCCGGAGCUGGAGACCCAGCAAGUUCCCCACCCAUGGCCACACCUGGGGACUGAAUCAAAGUUCCAGCAAGACUAAGGAUUUCAGUGACCUAAGUCUGAGCCCCAGCAAAACAAAUGUUACCCAGGGCGGGAAACAGAGGUCCAGCAAGGACGAUACUGCCCAGGAAUCGAGCCCAAGUCCCAGCAAGACGAAGAUUUUCUGUGACCCAAGUCAGAAGCCUAUCAAGGCUGAAGCUGCCCAGGGCCAGAGCCAGAGACUCAGCAAGACUAAGGGUGCCCAAGGCUGGAGCUGGGAACCAAGCUCAAGACCCAGCAAGACCAAGGCUGCCCAAGGCACAAGCCAGAGCCCCAGUAAAACUAAGGCCAUGCACAGCCCAAGCCAAAGUCGCCACAAGGUUCAAUCUGCCCAGAGCUGGAGCCAGGGACCAAGCCAAAGUCCUAGCAACAGUGAUUCCAUCUGGGGAACAAGUCCGAAUCUCAGCAAGACUGAGUACACCUGGGAUCUGAGCUGUAGUCCCAGCAAAACUGAGGCCACCCAGGGCCUGAGCCAGAGCCCCAGCCCCAGCAGGAAUAUUGCUCCCUGA